AUGGCUCGCCGGAAACAAGUCGCUCCCAUGCAGCGCAUCCAUUCCGGCGAGAUCAUGCAAAGUCUCUCAGACGAAGCCGAGAAACACGCUCACCACACCAACGGCCAUGUCUCGAAGCCCGCCGAGUCAAGAAAGAGGACGUCGUCCCAUUCCCAACAGUCACAUCCGGGGGUCCUGACCCUCCUCAUUUGUGUUUCCGGCAUCUAUGCGUCUUUCCUGACCUGGGGACUACUUCAGGAGCGCAUUACAACCAGACCAUAUCCGGUCGACGAGUCAGCGCAGGCGCAGCAAGAAUACUUUCGCUUUCCAAUUGUGUUGAACACGAUUCAGGCUCUGUUUGCUUUCACAAGCGGCAGCUUCUACCUGCUCUACAAGACAAAGUCAUUCAAAAUCCUUCCCUCCAAGGCCGCCCUCGGACCGCUGCUUCUAGUAACACUGACCACGACCCUUGCUUCACCCUUCGGAUAUGCCUCGCUCGCACACGUCGAUUACCUCACCUUCGUCCUCGCCAAAUCCUGCAAGCUGCUCCCGGUCAUGGCCCUACAUGUCACACUGUUCCGCAGGCGUUACCCCCUUUCAAAAUAUAUCGUCGUGCUUGCUGUCACCAGCGGCGUUGCUUUGUUCACGCUCUACCACCCGCCCAAACCGGGCAAGGAGCGCAAGAUACAAUCAUCAAGCGUGUACGGCUUGAGCUUGCUAGGAAUAAACCUGCUACUCGAUGGCCUCACGAAUACUGUGCAAGAUCACAUCUUUCAGUCUCCACACCGCUAUGGGAAGACCUCUGGACCUCAGAUGAUGGUCAUCUUGAACCUGCUCGGGACGUUGUUCAUGACCGUAUAUCUUGUCGUGACACCAUACCUUCCCGACUCGCUGCUUCCAUCCUUCGCGAGACCCAGUGAGACCCAUGAAUUGGCGAACGCUUUAUCCUUCUUUACACGGCAUCCCGCAGUCUUCUACGAUGUUCUCGGUUUUGCGGCGUGCGGCGCCAUUGGACAGCUGUUCAUCUACGCAACUCUUGAACGAUUUUCGAGUUUGCUUCUCGUCACUGUUACAGUGACGCGCAAGAUGCUCACGAUGGUUCUGAGCGUGGUCUGGUUCGGGAAAAGUCUUAGCCACGGCCAGUGGAUGGGCGUGGCUCUCGUGUUUGGCGGUAUCGCCGCCGAGGCAUAUAUUCAGCAGAGAGAUAAAAAGAGGAAAGACAGUCGGAAACGCCAUUUAGAGGAUUAUAAACAAAGGUAG